AUGAUCUGGAGAUUUUUAGUCUCUUGUCUCAUCUUUACGGUGAUUUUCGCGAAACCUGGAGUGGAUUUAGCGAAGAGAGUUGAUGAACUUGAACUAGAGGAGGCGGAAGAAAUAUUUGACGAGGCAGAUUAUCACCUUCCGCUCAAUGUGUUGCCACAGAAGUACCAAAUCUCCUUGGAUAUCGACACAAAUCUUUGGAAUUUUCAUGGACAUGAGGCUAUUGUGUUAAUCGUUGUGACUCCAACGCGAGAGAUUCGCUUCAAUGCGAGAGGACUGGAUAUUGAGUGGGAUAAUAUUGUGCUCAAACAUCUGAAUGACAACGAAUCGGCAGAUCUAGUUCCGUCCCAGCACACAUACAGUGAUGAGACAGAAGUUGCAAUACUCACCUUUGAUCAGGAGCUCUCUCCGGAAUCCUACGAGCUCCACAUUGACUUCGUUGGAAUCAUUCGAAGUGAUGUUUUUGGACUGUAUCGCAGCGAAUACACCAUCGACAAUCAGCAGAAGUACAUGGUUGUAACGCAAUUCCAAGCGACCUAUGCUCGGGCUGUGUUCCCGUGUUGGGACAACACAAACUUUCGAUCUGUGUUUGAGAUUCAGCUAAAUCAUCCUGAUCGAUAUGAGGCGUACUCCAAUAUGAAAGUGGACAGCAGAAUAUCCGUUGAGAAUAAUCGUGUGUUGACCACAUUCGAUCCCAGUCCAUCAAUGCCCACGUAUCUUGUGGCAUUUGCUCUGGCCGAGUACCAAACCUUCCGAUCGUUUGACUCUGUCAUCGGCGUUCAUGUUCCCAGCAACGUGAACGAGUCCUCAGCACAGUACUUCAUAACCAGCGUUCGCAGUGCUUUGGACAUCUUCGAGGACUACCUCAAUCAUCCGUAUCAACUGCCAAAGUUGGACUUCAUCUCCGUGCCGAGGAUGUUCUUUGGCGGAAUGGAGCAUUGGGGACUGAUCACAGCUGUUGACAGAUACUUUCUAAACGAUCCCAAUACUGUCCUGGCCAGUCCUCAUCAGAGCAUGACGACAAUCAUCACUCAUGAAUUGGCGCAUAUGUGGUUUGGCAAUGAAGUGACGCCAGAAUCGUGGAAUUAUUUGUGGCUCAGUGAAGGAAUGGCAUCGUAUUUUGAGCUCUUCAUCGCCGACAGAAUGCAUUCCAACUGGCGAAUGAUGGAUCAGUAUCUCCUGAUUCACGUGCACAAUGCGAUGAGGCAGGAUGACAAGUUGAAUGUGCGCCCCAUGACGGGGAGUUUCUACAGAGCGCAGGAUUUCAAUGGGCAAUUCGAUUAUGUUCCAUAUGCUAAAUCCGGCUCUGUGAUGCGCAUGAUCCAGCACAUAAUUGGUGCGCCGAUGUGGCGGGAAUUCCUGUUUAACUACAUUAGCGGCCGAAGUUUCGGUAUCAGCAAUCCUGACUACUUCCACGAGAGAAUACAGGAAGUCGUGGACAAGGCUUCUGAUAUUCCUCUGCCCCCAGACACGUCCAUGGCGCGAAUCAUCAGGAGUUGGACAGACAACCCAGGAUAUCCGGUGGUGCUUGUGACGCGCACAACGAAUGGCAUUUCUCUCACCCAGAAGAGAUUCCUCGUGGACUGGGAACACACGACAGUGGUUCCGUCGGAAUUUUACAUUCCCAUCAACACAAAGACAACGUCCAAUCAUCACGUUGUGGGAACACAGCCCAUGAGCUGGAUGCUUCCAGGAUAUGAAUUGCAGAUUGAUAACAUUCCACUCACAGAUUAUGUGAUUGUUAAUCGCCAGCAAACUGGAUACUAUCGCGUCAAUUACGGUGAUUACGACUGGAAAUUCAUCUCAGAUGUCCUACAGAACGCGCAGAAUCUCGAGGAUAUUCACAUCCUCAAUAGAGCUCAAUUGAUCGAUGACUCCGCCAACUUGGCUAAAGCUGGCCAGACGAGAUACGAUGCCUUUUUCGGAAUUAUUUCGUAUCUGAAAGAUGAAGUGGACUACAUUCCUUGGUCGGCGGCUACAGCGAACAUUUUGAAUUUGGAAAUGAUGAUUCGUGGCAUUGAAGAGUAUCCUCGAUUUGAAUACUUCAUCAAGACUCUCACGGAGAAGGUUUAUCCCACAAUUAGACUUACUAAUUACACAAAUACUGAUCACAUUAGCACUCUCCAUACGCAAGUCACCGCAAAUUUGGUGUGUUUCUAUGGCAAUGAGGACUGCAUUCAGGACGCCAGUGAUUUAGUGACGAGAAUGUUGGAUGAUAGUCACUUGUUAGGGAUUCCAGAACAAAUCCAACCGAUAGUUUUAUGCUCUGCCGUCAAACAUCUCUCAGAUACAGAAAUUAUUACCAGAUUAAUCACGAGAAUCAAUCAAAUUCUGCUCCUCGACAGGGAUAAUCACGAGGCGAUUCUCAUGAGAAUUAUCGAUGGGGUCGGAUGUUCAAGAAACGAGACAAUUAUUAACAGCUUCCUCGAAUUUUCAAUUAUGCACAUCCCAGUUGAGGGUAGCAUUUUCCGUGGCAGUGAUCGCAACAGGAUCUUCCGCUCAGUGGCAACUGGAAGCUAUAAUGGCACCAAGGCGGCACUGGAAUUAAUUCUCAAUAAUUUCUUGGAAGUAGAUAAUCGCUUUGAAUCAAUAACCGGAGCUAUUCGAGGACUCUCCAUGUAUGUCGUCACUGACGAAUUAUUGGAUCUCCUCGAGCAGAUUGUGCAAGUUCACUCAGGCCGGAUGACACCGUCCCUUCUCGCUGCAUUCCAGACUGAGAUUACUGCUGCAAAGAGGAACGUGGCGUGGGUGAAUCACUUCCAGGGUCGCAUCAACGCGUGGUUGUUGGCAAAUGUGAAAUUGCCAUCGGGAGGCACAGGCAGUCAAUUGACAGCAAUCAGCGCCAUAUCACUACUCCUUAUCACUUUCCUACUGAAUCGUGUUCAUUAAUUCCAUGCGUUGGGCUUUUAAUUGAGAGACAUGGACAGAUAAGGCGGUGAUACGGGCCAAAAAUGUCUGUUCAACUUAGAGAGUAUUGGCAAUAAACUAUGAGGUGCUGUUCUUGUAUAUUUCUUGCAAUACAUGGAUUAUACACACUUUAUUGAAGCAUAUAAUUG